GAGUCAAAGCUGAUCUGAACAGGAGAGUUUGAGAAGAGCUGAAUCUGCUACUGACAGAAGAUCAGUGAAUAAGAGAGAAGAAUGAAGAUCAUCUGGACUUUCACUCUGCUCAUGAUUCCUGAUGUGUUGAGCUCCAUCAGUGUGACGGGAUAUUCAGGAGGCGGAGUCACCAUCACAUUCAAAUAUAAUAAAGCAUAUGAGACAGACGAGAAGUAUCUUUGUAAAGGAGAGGGGUCAGAAUGCAAAGUCCAAAUCAGGAUGGAAGCCAAACAUCAGUGGGUUCAGUCUGGAAGAUUCUCUCUGUAUGAUAACACAACAGCGGGAGUUUUCACUGUGACCAUCAGAGAUCUGACAGAACAGGAUUCUGGCAUUUAUUACUGCGGAACUGAAGUGUAUGGACCUGAUCCCAAAACUAAAGUGAAUCUGAAGGUUAUAACAGAGUUCAGGAAUCAGGUGAACACUAAUAGUGGGAAAGUGAGAGGAUAUUCAGGAGGAAACAUCACUAUAGACUAUAAAUAUGAGGAAAAACACAAGAAUCGUGAGAAACUGGUCUGUAAAAGUGGAGAACAUCAGUGUGCAACUCUAAUCAGCAUCAGCAGGUCAGAAGAAUGGAAACACAGCAGCCGAUUCUCCAUUCAUGAUGACAGAUCUGCAGGUCUCUUACGUGUGUUUAUCAGAGAGAUGAAUGUCCAUGAUUCUGGAGAAUAUAGGAUUAUAGAGAGAGUUUCUGAAGACUACAGCUUGUUCUCUGAGUUUGAGCUGGUCAUCACACACGCUGCUUGCUGUCAGAAGAGCAUCAGUCUAUCAGCUGCCGCAGGAGGAUCUGUCAACAUCAGCUGCAAAUACCCACAAUCCCACACUGCUGAUGUCAAGUUCAUCUGCAGGAGAUCUGGAGCUGAUCUCUGUGCUGAAGAGACGCGGUCUGAGGAGGAGAGCGGAGGAAGAAAAGCUGAGGGAAAGAUCCGGCUGUAUGAUGACAGAGAAGAGCAGCUCCUGACAGCAACCAUCAGUCAUGAGAGUCCAGAACAUUCAGCUGAAUACUGGUGUGGAGUUCAGUCUGCAGGACACAAGAGCUUCAUCACACGAGUGAUCAUCAGCUUCACUGAUGCAGAUGUUUCAGACACAACUUCAUCUUCACCAUCUUCGUCUUCACCAUCCUCAUCUUCAUCUGUGGUUGAAUCUCCACUGCAGACAAUGUGUGUUAGGAAAUGAUUCAUAUUAAAGAUGUUUUCAGGGCCCAAGCGGACACUAAGCACCAAAUGACACACAUUAUGUAAAUAGGACAUAUAUAUAUUAAAUGUGGGCGAUGCGGUGGCGCAGUGGGUAGCUCACGGCAAGAAGGUCGCUGGUUCGAGCCCUGGCUGGAUCAGUUGGCAUUUCUGUGUAGAGUUUGCAUGUUCUCCCCGUGUUGGUGUGGGUUUCCUCCGGGUGCUCUGGUUUCCCCCACAAGUCCAAAGACAUGUGGUAUUGAUGAAUUGGGUUGGCUAAAUUGGCCGUAGUGUAUGUGUGUGUGUGUGUGUGUGUGAUUGACUGUGUAUGGAUGUUUUCCAGUGAUGGGUUGCAGCUGGAAGGGCAUCCGCUGCAUAAAACAUAUGCUGGAUAAAAUAGCAGUUCAUUCCGCUGUGGUGAUCCCAGAUUGAUGAAAGAAUUAAGCCGAAAAGAAGAUGAAUGAAGGCAUAUUAAAUGUAUUGGCUGGGAUAUCAGUUUCCUGUAGAUCAGAGAUUGCUUGUUUGGUUUCAUGAUUUAACAUUUUAUUUUUGUUGUUGUUGUUGUUGUUGUUGUUUUGUUGUCCAUGGCG